AUGCCGGUCCCAGGUCCGGAUGAAAAAUGCAUGAGGAUUGGCGGCCAUGACGAGGUCUUCCGCAAGAGACACCUACCUCUCAUGAUUUCCCGUAAUCGAACAUUAUGCCGGCUCAGUCGUCGCCCGGAUGCCAAGGGUCGCUCAGGUUUUUGGACAAUUGUGGCCGACUGCGAAAAAUUGACAAUUACAACAGGCUUCACGCCUUUCGGCAACUGGAAGCGGAGCAACGCGGCGAAGACUGCUGAAGAUACACAAGAAUAG